AUGCUUCUCGUUCAGGAUUCGUGUCCCAUUCGACCAGUCUUUGAGAUCGGACUUGAUCUCUUGAUGGAUUUGGGACUGACGAAUUCGACACCGUGUACUGUGCCCAAGGAAUGGACCUUCAACAAGAAUAUGGAUUACACGGUAAGCUCAGACAUAAGAGCCCUCUUUUGUGGUUCUCCCAUGUCGGUUGAUGAUCGAGGUGUUCCUCGUAUCAUCAAUACCAAGAAGCCCACAAAAGUUCCGCGGGAGGAUAUGAGUCGCUAUUUGGACGUGGUGAUUGCCAAACCAGGCGAGGUUCUCGCUUUCAUGACCUAA